UAGAUUGGGCUGAAAUCUGAGUCUUUACCGCAAGUUGACACUAGUAACCAGCCCGUUGCAUCAGUAGAUGAAACGCUGGCCGCGUCCACCAGCGGAUGGUAGAAGGGCAGUCGUGAGUUCAUGAAAUGUGGGCCAGUCACUGCGUUUUAUCUGGCCGACAGAAGCACGCGUAUGGCCUAUUAUUUGUGUGACAUUAGAUAAAGCGAGUGCAUCUUGGCUCCGCGAGCAUGGGGGUGACGUAUGCUGCUUUACAGCAUCUGUAGUUUAAUGAAAGGAGACAUUACUCGAGGGAAAAAUGGAUUUGCCUCGUUGUUUUCCGGACCCGGUGCUCAACCCGAUAGUCUUCAAUGAGACCGCGGCAUCCCACGGAAUCGGUGUAGCUUCUAGGACCGGGUCCGGCGCUACGGCAUCCAGCGCACUGAGAAACGAUUUGGGCUCCAACAUUCAUGUGCUGAAAACACUGAAUCUCCGCUUCCGCUGUUUCCUUUCAAAAGUGCACGAAUUAGAGCGCAGAAACAGGUUAUUGGAGAUCCAGCUGCAGCACGCGCAGGAGAAGUCCCGGUACCGAUUGCUGUUUUCCCGAGAGAAAGCGGUUCAGACGAACCUCGAGCUGCCUUAUGCAAACACCCUGUGUCAUUCCAGACUUCCCGGUCAAAUCUGGAGUUUCUCACACACCGCCAGAUAUGGAGAAAGGUUCGAGACUCAUCAGGGGCCCGGAGUGUCCUGGACUCAUCCUGAUGGUGUCGGGGUUCAGAUUGACACCAUCACACCUGAACUCAGGGCCCUGUACAAUGUUUUGGCCAAAGUCAAGCGCGACAGAGACGAGUACAGAAGAAAAUGGGAGGAGGAGGUGUCCAAAUGUCAGCAGAUGGAGUCCUUGGUGGAGACCUUACAAGAGAGUGUUCAGUCAUCUGAAGCUAUUCAAGCAGAAAUGACUGAGAAUAUGGACCGGCUUAAAUCAGAGUUGGUGGUCUUCAAAAGCCUCAUGUCUUAUGAGGAAGUGUCUGACUUGGACACUAAAAUCCAUGAGAAAGCCAUGAAGGUUGAUAUGGACAUCUGUAGACGCAUCGACAUCACAGCCAAGCUGUGUGAUGUGGCACAGCAGAGGAACUCAGAAGAUAUGACCAAGAUAUUGAAGGGUACCCCUUCCAGAGCUCCUCCAGAGCAGAAAUUGGGGAUGGUGACAUGCAGGAAGAAGGAGUGUAAAGGUGAAUCAGAGCAGGAGCGAUUGGAAACUGAUCUUGAUUCUGGUCAAUUUGAAGAGGAGGUGCCUGGAUCUCUCAACAUUACUGAUGAGAUGAAGCGCAUGCUCAACAAGCUAGUUUGCUCAGCUGAUUGGUUUGUUGGCAGGCGUGAAACAUUUGAGUUUGACGAUGACUGUGACAGUCUUGCUUGGGAAGAGACUGGAGAAACUCUACUGCUCUGGGAGGAUUUUUCUAACUACAGCAGCUUGAACCUCACCACCACCCCGAACACCACAGCUGCUGCUAGUGCAAUCUCAACCAUGACCUGCACCUCCGACUCACUCGGAGAAACCCAUGAGCAGGAUCAAAGUCUAGGAAGCCUCAUACAUGAGACUGAGUCUCUCUUUAACACCAGAGAGCAGGAGUACCAGGACACCAUCGGACAGAUAGAGCUGGAACUGGCCACGGCUAAGAAUGACAUGAACAGACACCUGCAUGAGUACAUGGAGAUGUGCAGUAUGAAGAGAGGCCUGGACGUACAGAUGGAGACCUGCCGGAGGCUCAUACAAAGCACAGCCACCACCGACAGACAAUCCCCAUCUCCCAGCUCUGUGGCCAGCAGUGAUUCAGGAAACACAGAUGACAUCCAGGAUGAGCUGGAGCAUGAUGGUGUGAAAGAUGAUGUGAAAGAUGGAGAGAAAGAUGGAGAGAAAGAAGUGGCAACUGGAGAUAAAUUGGGAAGUUAGAUGAUGAUCAGCCCUUCAUUAUCUGUUUUAUUCAGCUUCUCUUUCAGAGUUCUCCCUUUGUGAACUCUCUGGUCACUUUUUCUUACAUAGUAUGGAUGAGAAUGGAGUUUCAGAUUCCCAAAGAGCAAGUAUUGGUGCUUCAUAUGUUGUCUUAGAGUGGGACCAGCCAAACUGAAGCUGUUCCCUCUUUAUCAGCACUGCCAAGACAUUGCUCCAUAGUUGCUUCAGUUGCAUUCACAACAAACUCUAACAGGUUUUCACACUCUUUACAUUGUGAUGGAAAACAUGACACAUUUGCUAAUACGAUAUCAUUAUUUAUUAAGUGCAUAAAUUCUGUUAUCUUGCUCACUUGUUUACAUGAAUCUAAAAGGCAGGUUGUUUUUAAAUUGAAGCCUGAAGUAAUAGCUCUACUGAUUUAUAAAAAUAUAUUUUAUACAAGAUAUAUGCAAACAAUCAGUUUAAUGUCAACUUGAAAACUUGUAUCCACUUGGAACUGACUGGGUUGUAAAAAGUGGCCAUACCAGAAUGUAGCCAGACCUGAAAGUGACAAUGCCCUAAUAGCUAUUUGGCUGUUGGUUAAAGAGAUAGUUCACCCAAAAAUGGAGAUUCUCUCAUCAUUUACUCACUUUCAUGCAUUCCAAGAUGUGUAUGACUUUCUUUCUUUUGCAGAACAUAAACAAAGAUUUUUAGAAGAAUAGCUCAGCUCUGUAGGUCCUUUCAAUGCAAGUGAAUGGUGACCAGACCUUUCAAGCUCCAAAAAGCACAUAAAGGCAGCAUUAAAAAAGUAUCCAUAUAUCUCCAGUGGUUUAAUAUAUUUCUUCUGAAGUGAUGCAAUCACUUGGGGUAGGAAACAGAUCAAUACUUCAGUCCUUUUUUACUAUAAAUUUGUACUUUCACUUAUAGAAUUUGAAAGAGAAAGUGGAGAUUUAUUGUAAAAUAGGACUUCAUUAUUGAUCUGUUUCUCCCCGCACCUAUUAAUUUGCUUCUGAAGUUUAACCACUGGGUUUAACCACUGGAGUAUGGAUUACUUUUAUGCUGCCUUUUUUGGAGCUUGAAGUUCUGGUCACCAUUCACUUGCAUUGUAUGCACCUACAGAGCUGAAAUAUUCUUCUAUAAAAUUUUGUUUGUGUUCAGCAGAAGAAAGUCAUACACAUGAGGGCGAGUAAAUGAGAAUUUUCAUUUUUGGGUGAACUAUCCCUUUAAAUUAAGUCAGCAAGACUUAAGUGGCAUCAGCAGAAAAGGAAAGUCACUUCAGAGAAAGAGUAAUUUAUUACUUUUUUUAUUAAAUAUUUCAAAGGCAAAAAAUUAUAAUAUUUGGAAUAAUGUGCAACAAUGAAUCAUUCACAAUAAGAACAGAAAUAUGCAUUCAGAUUUCAAGUUGACUUUAAAUAUCAAUAUGUUUAAAAUACAGUAUAGAGAAAAGUGUUACUCUACAUCAAGCUCUGGAAUAAGUUCAGACAUUUAACAUCACAUUUUAAAUGAACAUCACAUAUUAGUCUGUUAAUCAGCUAUACAGUUUAUGCUUCAUGAAAAUAUCUGUGCACUGUGUCCAUUCAGAUGUUUCCACAAUGUACGACUGUCACUCAACUAAACUACUGUGCACUAAGAUCUAUGCAAUAAUCUAACCUGGACUAACAUUACAUUAAGUGCAGUUUCUUUGUUUAGAGCAAGUGCUUUCAGUGUUUGGAGAGUAGCAGAUGUCAAAACAGCAGUAAAACUCAAACUCAUGUGCCUACAAAUAUGCUGUAUACAGUCUCUCAGUUGCCUUAUAUUUUUUCUCUAGAAAAAAAAAAAAGUACCUGCUUGGCUUUGUUGUAAACCAUUCAAUCAGAUAUGAAUCAUCGUAUCCUUCCUACAAAUAGACAACCAAAAAUGUCUAAAAUAUUAAAUGGUGGAAAUGAGAUCUGUUUUGUGGAAGAUCUCAAGAUGUGGAAGCCAUACAAAUAUCUGUCCUCAGGUUUUGAAUGGUUUGGCCAAACUACAAAAGUUUUUUUAAUUAUUUGCAAUUUAGUUACACAUACAGCCCCACCCUCCACCCCAAUAUAUAUAUUCACAACCGGUUAAAAGUUUUGAAACACUCAUUCUUUAUUUUAUAUAUAUAUCAUUUUUUUUUUUUUUAAUUCACAUUUUAGAAUAAUAGUAAAGUCAUCACAACUAUGGCAUAAUAGAAAUGGAAAUAUGGGAAUUAUGUUGUGACUAAACAAAAUCUAAACUAAAUAAAAAUAUGUUAUAUUUUAGCAUCUUCAAAGUAGUCACACUUUGCCUAGAUUUUGCAGACAUGUACUCUUGACAUUAUCUCAAACAACUUCUUGAGGUAUCACACUGGGAUGCUUUUUAAACAGUAUUGAAGGAGUUCCCAUCUAUGUUGGGCACUUAUUGGCUGCUUUUCUUUAUUAUUUGGUCAUCAAUUUAAAAAACUUUUUUUUUUUUUUUAUUAAAUUUGAGUUUUAUAAUGAAAUAAAUUAAUAUGUUGGCACAAUUAUAUUUUUGCCUACAAAACUAAUUUCAAACAUUUAAGCAUUCACCUUCAGAUCAAAAUAAAAAUAAUUUUUAAGAUCAUGAGAAACUAUUCAGGCAAGUGUUUCAAAACUUUUGGCUGGUUGUGUAUAUAUGGCUUAUUAUUCAAUAGAGUGCCUGGAAAAUAUAAAUAUUGUUUAUUUAUUUUGGACUGUACAGUGUGCAAAUAAGUUUUGGGACUAAUUACUUUUAUUGAUUACAUUUUUAUGACUUAAUUAAAUUUUUUUAAUUACAUAGAAUGAUUGAUUGCUGAAAAACAGUAGGCCUAUCUGGGUGAUGAAGUAGCGGUUUGCAAUUAUUGCCUUUUUAAAUUAGAAAUUUAAUUUUAUACUUUUUUAUUAUCCUCUAUUAUGUUUUAUGUUGGUAUUGUCAUUAGUUAACAUUUCUUUCCUUAAAUGUGGGCCGUUUUAAAUAUAGUUUGUGCUGUAUACUAAAGAAAUCAGUUGCUCAAUUGAUGUUGUGCUGAAAACAGCAUGUUGAAAAAGGUUUGGAUGUGAGAUUGUUUUAUGGGAAAUCUGGAGGACUAUGCAAGUUUAAUGUAAUUGUAGUCUGGUUUUAAAUAAAACAAAU